AUGCUGGCCCCGUUGGCCGAGCAUUUGAACCUGAGCUCAAUCGCCCUUCAUAUUCCCACCAGAAGAAAACGGCUCCCCAACGAUGUGCAGAGGCUCAUUUUCUCGAACCUGGACUAUCAGUCUCUCAUCUUCCUAUCCAUGGUGAACCGACACUUUCAUCGGACAGUAGACCCCCAACGCAUGGCAACACUACCAGACAAGUUUGAAUUGGUCAUGAGAGCAGCAAAGGACUUCCCACAACAUUGGGCCAGCGAGAAAAAGAAAGAUCAGAGACCCGGAAACCUAGAGUGCUACUGGUGCUUCCGUGUACGGAGUCCGCAACACUUUGAUGUGUUACAAGCCAACACGGCCUACUUUGACCCACAAGGCCGAUUGGUACCGGAGCAGGAGGCGGGACCUCAAGACCGGUUUGUGCCCCUCCGCCGCUUCUGUAUCGGAUGUGGAGUAAAGGCUGGACUUCACGCACCAUCUGACUGCAUCGUGACAAGAACAGGCCUGGACCUCUGGACUGCUCUUCAACUUGUCCACUGCGGCCCAAAAGGAGGUGGUGUGGCUGUGACUAUUCGUCUGCGCGACCCCAGCAUUGUGUCCUAUUGCAUCAGGGAAUCUAGGUGA